AUGAAAAAAAUCGUGAAUAUAAUAUUUUAUAUCUUAUAUUUAUAUAUAUAUAAAAGAAACUUAGUACAAAACGAAAAUGUAAAUAAAUCUAAUCUAAGAAAAGGAUUAUCUACUAAUAAUUCAGAAAAUGGAAUAAAAAGUCUAAAGGAUGAAGAUGAACAUAUUAAUAUUAUAGGAGAUGAUUUUUCAGCAUUUUCUUAUGGUGGUUAUCCUAUUUAUGAAACUACAGGAAGUCUAGGAACUGGGGUUGAAAGUGUAAAAGCUAUUGAUGGGGAAAGUGGUACUUCAAUGGAUUCUAAACCUAAAGAGAAUAAAAUUAGUACUGAACCAGGAGCAGACCAGGUGUCUAUUGGAUUGGUCAACGAAUCUGAUAGUAGUUUAGAAAAUGAUAAAAAAAAAAAAGAAAACGUAAAAAAAGAAAUGCUUGGUACUGAAAAGGAAGGUUCUCCAGAUAGUCAUGAUAGUUCUAAGGAAAAAUUAAAUCUUAACGACAAUUCCAAAUGGUCUGAUUUUCUUAAAAAUAUCGUAACGUUUGGUGGUUUUGGUCCUACUGUGGUUCAUGAUGUUAGUGAUACCCUUUCAGAUAUAUCUAAAGAUGAAGUUACUCAAAAAACAACUAAAGAUAUUGGUAGUACUUUACUUGACUUUUUUUUACCAUUACCGACUAAAAACACUAAUACAUAUGAGAAGAAAAAUGAAAAUAAAAAUGUAUCAAAUGUAGAUUCAAAAACAAAAUCAAAUGAAAAAGGAAGACCUCCUACAUAUUCUCCUAUUCUGGAUGAUGGGAUAGAAUUUAGUGGUGGUUUAUAUUUUAAUGAGAAAAAGUCGACUGAAGAAAAUAAACAAAAAAAUGUUUUAGAAUCAGUAAAUUUAACAUCGUGGGAUAAAGAGGAUAUUGUUAAGGAAAAUGAGGAUGUUAAAGAUGAAAAGGAUGAAGAUGAUGAAGAAGAAGAAGAAAAAUACGAAAACGAAAUUAUAAAGCAACCAGAAGACAUAUUGGAUGAGGAAGAAGUAUUAGAAGAAGAAAUAUUAGAAGAAAAUAAAAAUGAUACAGUAGAUACAAGUGAUUUAGAAAAGAAAAAUAUACCAGAUUUAUCAAACGAUAAUAAUUAUUAUAGUUUAAUUUAUAAGAACUAUAAGGAUAAUGAUAAAUCAGAAAAAACUGCACAAACAUUAAUCACAGCUCUGAUAAGUUUAUUAAAUGGAAAAAAUGAAUUAGAUGCUACCAUAAGAAGAUUAAAACAUAGGUUUAUGGAAUUUUUUACAUAUAAUUAA